AUGCCAGAUGGCACGAAAGGCAGGUCUCCUGUGAUGAGAUCCAUCUCUUCCAAGGACUUGCGGCGCAGAAGUUCUCACAGAAACGGAUUUUUAGCAGUUGAUGCCUCAGCUGUACACGAAAAAGACAGCGUCAACGAAGGAGCUCAUGAAGCAGAAGAGCAUUUACUACAAGACCUGGACAAUAUACUGAACAAGAAACUGCAUCUUGGGGAAUCGAGUCCUAAUGGUGGCAGCUUGCGCGGAUCUCCCAUUUCGUUAUCCCCUCCAAGAUCUCCAGGUGAACAUCCAAACGGUGAAGUCCCCACGAAUGACCUGGAUCCCGAUGCACUGCAAGACCAGGAAGAGGAAGAGGAUUUUGCAAACGUGGAUGAAAUAGACGGGCCAAUUUCACCUUCGUCGAGCUCUGGAAGUCUCAAGGACAUUGCCAAUAGCCAUCUUCACAAGAACGUGGACACUUCACCCAACCGUGAUAUCGAUUACAACCUUCCUGUCGACAAAGACUAUCAGAAUCAGUUGAAUAAGCGGGCCGAACAACUCGAAAAUGGCUUAUACAACCAUCAACCAUCAAAAGCAGCGCUACAAUGGUCAAUGCAGGAUUUCUACUCUCUGUAUGAAGAACUCCCCGAUUGGUUCUCUUUUGCCGACUAUAGGUACCUAGAAUCUAUUAAAUCGUGCUUUGACAAGCGCUACGAUGCAAAGAGGUUCGUGGAAGAUCCCCUUUAUGCUGAAAAUGUGGUGAGUCAACUUGUGGAAAAAACCAAAGCGAACAGUUCAGAGCCAGCUUCGUUCCAGUCAUUAGCAUAUAUAUCCAUGGGGCUUUAUGGUUUCCAAGAGACGAACGAAGCUCACAUAAACACGAUUCGCUAUGCGAACAUUUUGUUGAUGCCCUUUGUGUCAAGUCUAUCUGAGAUUUUCAUGGCUCACGGAACGUCCUGUCGAGAUAGUCAAGACCACUUGAGACACUACACAGAUCUGUUCUUCCUAUCCGGUACUAUUCUUUUUUUUGUUAUCAGUGUCGCCAUUGAGGGUAGAGAUGACCCGAUCUUGACGUCGACAACGGAAACUGUGAUGAAAGAUAUCGACAUGGCUAAUCUGCUCAACUUUAUCGUGAAGUACAUCGAACACUGGAGGUGGAGCAGUAGACUUAGUAUGAGAAUCAGAAACGUUAUAAUGCUCAUGCAUCGCCUUAUACUACUUCAAUUUGGUGAAAGGAAAAGGUAUGGUCAAGUCAAAAAGUAUGUGAAAAGAAAGCACCAAUGCAACACCGAGGCGGGUCGCCCAAAUAAACUUAACAUCAGUCCUUUGGACUAUUAUGCUUUCCGGGAAGACGUUUCGGCUCGCUUUCCAAGCUUUACUCCUCCACCGUCCGAUAUCCCUGCCAGCUUUGACAACUCGAACUCUCUUUCUCAAUUUUUGGAAAUACCAAGGCCCAAGUCCAGAAGCUCUUCAAACAUUAGCUUGAGCGCUCCUGAAUACCAUAUUGCCACCCCUAUGCCCUCACCUUCUUCUUCCCCCACUCAGCGUGAAAGAGGAAACUCCAAGUCAAGAAAAUCGUUUCAGACUAACUUGGCAUAUCCUUCCUUAUUCCCUUUUGAAAGUGCUGACUCUACCGAUAGUGUUAUAGCAGAGAGACUUUUCUUGCCCGAAGAUUCGAGAGCAGCCGAAAAUGUCCCCUACAGUGUUGUCGAGGCUGCUCGCAUUUUGCAUGACAGCAUGGAGAUUAAGCUCUCGACCCGACAACUAUGGCAUGAGCGCGAGCUUUUUAUGGCGCAAGAACGUGGCUGGGGCUCUACUGACAAAUUUCCGGAUACCAAAAAGUAUUUCUACGACGAAGACAACUGCUCUGAGGCACAAACAAUGUGUCGCAUUGAAAAAUUCUACAAAGAUGCAUUGCCUCACUUUAGUUCGCUCGUGUAUGUGCUGCUGCAGACGAUAGAAACCAACAUUUACAACCGUGUUACCUAUCUUGACGACGCGAAUGGUGAUUGGGACAAGAUAAAAGGCGCUUCUCAGUUGGAAGUGACCAGAUCAAAAGAGGUAGCGAUGAAAUCUGCUAGCUCAAUUUUGUUCUUGAUGACGAGAUGGUUCAAGUUGAGCCAUAUACUCAAGUUUGAACACCUUUGUGUUAUUCUCCACGACUAUAAGCUCAUCAACACUGCUACGGGCCUACUGAACACCUUCACAGACAGAAAUACGGAUCGUGCUCUUGGGAAGACAGUUAAAACACAAAUGUCGUUCUGGAAGGCGUGCUCCACAUUCAACGCGCAAUACACAGAGAGCUUUCACACCAAUGCUGAGGCAGCGAUGGUCCCCAACAUUGACUGUCGCUUCCUGAACACUGAGGUUUACAUGCUACGAUUGCUGAGCCAGGUCACGAGAGACAAGACGCAGAGACUCAAAGAACUGCCUCUAUCCAUUGGUUCAUUGCUCAAGAAGCUUUAUCAGCUUUUCAAUCCUGAAAUCUUUCAUCCAAUACUGAAGAUUACGCAAGAGUUAACGCCUUUCAAAAACAAAAAAUGGAAGUCAGAGCAUAUGGAUCUGAUCUCCGGCGUGUACCUGUACAACAAACUGAAGCUCAGCGACAACUGGGUCACUGGUAAAGACAUAGCAGGUGAGCUUAACGACGCCUGCGGUCAAGAAAUAGCCCUGCGUGCUCUGCUUCAAUUCUACAAUUUCGUGCACUACAAGCAAUCCGUUGAACACUUGGGCUAUUCCGACAAAAGAGACAGCUCAUUUUUCGGCAAAGAAGCCGAAUCAUUGACAGCAGCUCGCUAA